ACGUAGGCACGUGACUUCCACCGCGGUCGAGACAAAACAAGGACGGGAGAUAAAGUCGACGGGGUGUCUGCUCCUGCGUUUAUUCUGUGAGAAUUACACAGCCAGUUUGUGGUGUCCUUAUCGUUUGUUAAGUUUUGAGGUUAUCGGUUGUACGUCCUUUGAGAUCUUCUUGUGACGGUGCCGUUCUACAGGCAAGGUAAUAUACUGCACACUUGUACUCACCAACAAACCUUCCAAGAUAGACGUGACUGUAACGGGUUGCCAUCAUCACCAGAAGUGUCACCAGUCAUCAUGCAAGGCUAUGGCGCCUACAGUCUUCAGUUCCAGACCCCACCACCUUUCUUCCCCUUCCCCGCCCCGUCACACCCACUCCAGCUUACGUCACCGUUCUUUCUGAGUCAGUACCCUGACCUUCUGUUUGACGCGCGCUACGGCGCCCACAGGAAGCAGAGACGUAGCCGUACAGCCUUCACCAACCAGCAGCUGGCGGCCCUGGAGAAGACCUUCGCUAAAACACACUACCCGGACGUGGUCAUGAGGGAGAGAUUGGCCAUGAUCACAAGCCUACCUGAGGCCAGGAUACAGAGCCAGUAAAAGACCAAGGGUCAGGAAAGUCCGUGACGACCAGCAAAGACCCACCAGAAUCACAGCGGACAUCCCCCAGUCGUGAUGCCUCACCGACACACUCGCACGAGGAGGAUAGUCUGCGCAAGCCUGGACAUCGCACAUCUGAGAGCACGCCGUUCAUCCCAGACGCCAGUUUCCUCCAGUCCCUCCACGCCACAACCAACAGCCCACCAAAACACCUGGACAUUUUCCGGGGAUUCCCGGCACCAGACGCCACAACGCUUGCAAACUUAGGCUUCUCAAAGCCGCACUUACAAGGUCAAGGACUACCCUUCUCCCUUCCGCUUCCGGCGGCCUCUCACCUCUCGACCUUGACCGCAGCUCCGACGUCAUCACCGUCUGCAGUGACGGCCUCCUCUUCUCUCCUUCCUUGCCCGCUACCAGCAGGAUCGUCUCUCCCACUCGCAGCAGCCGCGUCGUCUCUGCCUCUUGCUGCGUGGUCGUCCUAUUAUUCUUCUGCCUCGCACUUCCACGACUUCCUAAUGCGACACCCCGGUCUGAGAACCUCCAAUACGGACCCACAGCUCCGACUGAGCUCUCCCAUGGCGGGAGGAGGGAUGGGGAAAAGCACCAUGCUCAACUCCAGUAUCGAGAACUUGAGGCUCAGAGCGAGACAGCACGCUGCCUGCCUUGGACUCUUCGACACAGUGACCCGGACGUGACUUCCAGGAAGUUCAGUUGUUUAUUAAAAACCUGGAUGUGGAAAAAAUCAAAUUGGAACAUUUGAACUAUUAGGAAUUUAAUUACUAAUGAUGUUUAUGUGACACAAACGGAACACACAUUAUGCAGGAAACUGACACAUGUGCUUUAGAAAAGAGGAAAAAAAAACCUGGUGAUUGGAGAGUGCCAUUGAUAAAUUUGCAAUUUGGCUUAAACAGCACAUAGGCAUCUUUGGUUGGUGCUUCUAUAAAAAAACUAUGAAUGCUCUGUUAGAUCCAUCUUUUCACCUCUCUCAAACCGUUGUUUCUAAUUCAUAUCAGUUUCGUUUGCAAUUUCUUAGCACCAAGCAGUAAAUGAUUUUGUCCGCGUUAACGCGCUACCUUUUACUCGAAAUUAAUAGCACGCUGUUAGCUUACUUAACCAGGGAGCUGAUGGCUCUAGUUCGAAUCCGUAAGGCGAUGUUCUAAACUUGGGCUAUUUGGGGAGUUUUUACGGCUCUCCGACCAUUUAUCCGAGUUCUAUCGGGGAUGGACAUUAAACUC